UGUUAAUUUAACAGAUUUCCACAAAAGUUAACAGAAAAUAUCGAUAUGAAGUUUUCAGUUAAAAAAAAAAUCCAACGGUGCAACGCUAUACAUAAAUAACAACAAAAAUAAUCUGACAUAUUGACCCAUAUAGCAACCCGCACCUUGGAAACCAAGAAAACAAUGAAAUUAGGUCAAAAUGCACGAAACCGUUAUUACAAAGUUCAAGUAUUGUAUUAAAGAAGACGAAAAAUAUGUUUCUGGAUACUCCACAAAAGCCACCUCGAACCCUGCGGUAUGUGGAAAAAGCAUUCGACCUGGUCAAAUCGAAAAUACAUGUUCGAGAUGUAGUGAUUCUCAACGAGUCGGGACAUCCGGUGAUGAGUACGAUGGACCGAGACGAUGCUGUGGAAUUUUCCGGACCUUUUCAGGCUAUUCGAGGAAGACUGGAACGCGGUAUGAGUAAAAUAGAUCCCACGGACGAACUACUAAUGCUGAGAAUACGCACAAGAACCAACGAGGUGCUCCUGGUGCCAGACUCCAAGAUAACACUACUCGUAGUACAGAACGCGCACGAUUGCUUCGAAAAAUGAUGCAAUAUUUUAGAUUUUCCAAAGACAAUUUCUUAUGCGUAUGUUACUUUAUUAUUAAUACAUGAACCAACUACUCGUAUGUCAGUAAUUGGUAUUUACACGUGCUUAUACAUGUUUAAGGCAUUUAAAUAUCUUUCAAUGGAAUAUAUAACGAUUAUAACAAGGAA